AAGAUGUCAGACCAUAUCUAUCUGGCCAAUUAAUAUUGAGUGACUCUUAAUAUUAUAUUGCAAUCCUACGGGGUUCACCUUGCAGUUGAGCUGGGACAUAUGAUUUGACCUUGUAAAUGCUUAUCACCUUGACAAAUUAUCUUUCUCAACAGCAGCUGAGAACUAUAGCUAUGUACCUAUUUAAGUUGGGUGCAUAGGUUUCUAACUAAUGAAUAUAGACGGCUGUCAGCCACAACUUGCUUUCCGACCACUCGCAGACAUGCUUUUUCGCUAUGAUCGACCUAGUGAUUUCAAGGGAGCAUUUUUCUAAUAGUUUAGACAUGAUCGACAAUAGUGUCCUCACCGAGCCUCUCAAAGAUCCAAUGGUUUACUACCGAACGCCUAAUUGGCUGGGCGAACUCGUUUCGAAUCUACAGCGGUCUGCGGAUAGUUGCACUAGCUUCUCGCUGUAUACAUACCUACCUUAGGUAGGUAGGUAACCUAGAGAUCCUUCCAUGGUGGGCUGCUCGAGGCCAAGCUAUGUGUGUGCUACUGUUCUAAAUCUACCCUUUUCCAAUGGAUCGAUAUCACUUAACACCCGAAGGGCGUUACCGGACUGGUCGUGAGGAUUCAAAAGGGCAUAUUACAACGUCCUCAAGUCUCGACGGAGAUGUAGAUGACCGUACUCCUCCAUGGACAACGAUGGAUCCAGCAAAAGAUACUCGUACUCCCCGAAAGCUUGUGCUGUGUUUCGAUGGCACGGGCAAUAAGUUUAGAGGUGACGACAGUGACAGUAACAUCUUGAAGAUAUUCAGAUGUCUGGAUCGGGAAUCUGGUGGCCAAUAUCACUACUACCAACCCGGGAUAGGGACGUAUGUCGUGUCUAACUCGCUGUCCCACACAAGUCUAAACGCUAGAAUCCGAUCGUGGUACUUGAAGGCCAAAGACUCCGCUGUCGGCUCGAGCUUCGAUCACCAUGUAGUAGGCGGGUAUCGAUUCCUCAUGCGUUUCUAUCAGCCAGGCGAUGAGAUCUAUUUUUUCGGUUUCUCCCGAGGCGCCUAUGUGGCUCGCUUCCUAGCGGAGAUGCUCGACUACAUCGGUUUACUUUCGCAUGGAAAUGAAGAGAUGGUGACCUUUGCCUGGAAAGCAUUUUCUCAGUGGCAGAGUCGCCAGUCUGACAGGACCGAAGAACAUCAGGCGAAAAGACAGGAGAAAAGACAGGAGAUGUAUCGCUUCAUGAAGGGAUUUCGAGAGACAUUCAGCCGCCCUGUGAAGAGAAUCCGAUUCUUGGGGCUAUUCGAUACUGUCAACUCCGUUCCUCGAUUCGAGGCCGCGUGGAUGCAAAGGUCGAAAAUGCCAUAUACUGCGAGAAGCAGCGCCAAAGUCAUUCGACAUUGUGUAUCCAUAGACGAACGUCGCGCGAAGUUCAGGCAGGACCUUAUCUACCAAGGGGUUAAUAAGGACCAUAAAACACACCGGCACCUGCACGGAGUUAUCCACGAGAAAUAUCGCACAAGACGAGGCGCGGUAUCGGGAUUGACAUCGAAUAACAAGCCAGAGAGAGGGCGACGCGAAACCUUAGCCCCCCUGGAUGAACAUACGUUCCGGCCCCAUUCCCGGUCUCGAUCCCGGGCAACGAGAAGCUCUGUUGACAGAACGAGCCAAGUCGGUGAUGAUAAAUCGGGAAUUGCCCAAAUGUCAGACAUUGGCGAGGAUUCAGAUGAUGAUGAACAAGACAUCGACGAGGUUUGGUUUGCCGGCGGCCACGGUGACAUUGGGGGUGGAUGGGAGAUCAUGCCAGACACCAAAUCUGCGAGCCAUGUACCCCUUACCUACAUGAUCAGAGAAGCGCAACGAGCAGGUCUCAAUUUCGACCCCGAGAAGCUAGUUGAGAUGGGCGUCGCCGAACCUUCUGAUGAGCCUGACACCAAUGCCCACCAUGAUGGGGCUGUUCCCGACAUUCGCGUUGAUAAGUCAAGCCCAACGAGCCAAGAUUCACCUUGCCUUGAUAUACAGCCUACGCAUUGGGAUCACUUCAAUUUUAUAGGCGAUGAAGAAAAGAAAGAGCAAGGCGAACAGGACGUCCGGCCAUUCCACCAGAUGCUUCAUAAAGCCCAUUUAGCCAGAAUCCACGAUUCUCUGCAGUUUGCUUCUGGCUUGACCAAAGGUCAGGUGAUAACCUGGAAUAUAAUGGAAUAUAUGCCAUUCCGGCGAAUGGAUCUACGACCAGACGGAUCGUGGAAACCAAUCCGUUGGCCGCUGCCAUGCGGCGAAGUGCGGGAUAUCCCCCAUGCCGCCAGAAUACACGGUUCGGUAAUCCGACGCAUGAAACAAGAUAGUACCUACCGCCCCGGGAAUCUCAUUAUUGGCGGCGGCGGACGCGGAAAACGCAAAGCCCCCGAGUCCUAUGGUAUUGGGGAAUGGAAAUGCGUCCAAGAUCAUGAAGAUCCUAUAGGCGAGGUUUGGAUCAGAGAUGCAACUGGAAACGCCGAGUCAUAAAGCAAAAUAUCUAUGAGUUUAUGGCAGAGAAAUUGAAUAUUAUACGGUCCCCUUUAAAUAUAAUACUCGUCGCUAAACCGGACAAUAACCUAUACUUCCUCUCUUAGUUUCAAUUCCAAUCUCGAUUGAACUCGUGCACCUCACCAAAUCAUUUCACUAAAUACAAGAAAACUGAUCUAUACUAGAAGUUAACUGACUUAUUAAUAUAUUCUACC